AUGGAAGUUCGUAAUGUAGACGCAUUAUGGCAGGAAAUGGCAAAAGAAAACAAUUACGAUAAUAUCGAGAUAUCUCGUCUUCUGAGCAAGUCGAUGGCCGCGAAAAGUGUCUCCUCAAAAACAAUAGCCCCCGUCAAAUGUCGAGCCAAUCGAGAGUCGUAUUCGGACCCUAUUGCAUCCAGUAGAGAUGACUACAAAAGUGAGAAGGAUGUGGAGGCCAUAAAUGUACCAAAAAUACUUAAUCACUUGGCUGCUGAGCAACGUAGCGUGCGUAAGAACGCGGCCUUUGCGCUGGAGAAUCUGUUUCUAAAUGACGAUAAGGAGUACACUGGAGCAUCAAACGCUUUUGCCGAGAUGGCCAAACCGUUGUUUAAGCGCUUUAAUGAUCCAAUGGAAAAGGUUCGAGACGUUUGCAUCCGAAUCACAACAAAAUUCAUCGUAAAAGAAGAAGAUCUGCUUCACUACUUACCGUAUCUGAUGUCCGCAAUCACAAAUCGCAUUAAUAGCCGUUAUGGAUACGACGAAGAAAAUCAAGUCUUUUCACGCAAUCAGUAUAUGCAUGAAGCGUUUAAACGUGGAAGAGUAUACGUAGCAAAAGAUCAGGUCACUCGAAUCAAGCCAAACGAGCCCUCAGAAGAAAUUCGUUUAUUGCUACUUAGCUUGGUCGAUGCAGUUUUGCGAAAUGCCUUUCAGAAUCGAGCAUCCUCCAUUCUUCAUGCGUACAUAUUCGAUGUCAUACUGGUCUUGAUCAGUGGAGUGCAAGAUGACUACCACGAAGUUAACAUUACAAGCUGCCGCAUACUUGCAAGCAUUAGCAACCAUAUGGUCUCGGUCAUGAAGCACUUUAGUGUCGCAACAAUACGCUCUUUAAUGCCUCUUUUGCUUCAUCGUUUGGCACGUGUGCGAGUUGUAGCAGUAGAAACGAUUCGUGCACUAGUGACAUGUCCAAAUGUCGACAAGUGCAAAGGCAGUGGCACUGAGGCAAUCGUCGACCUGAUUGGGCACCGUGAAGAGAACGUUAUUCCUGUAGCAUCCUUCUAUACAGCCGAAGUGCGCUUGAACUACUUUGCCAAACUUGAUCAAGAUCAAGCCCCAAUGGUUCGUCGUGCCUUUUUUGCGAUGAUCAGCGACUGGAUGAUUAAUCUUCCUGACCGCUAUGACCAUGAGUCUCGUUUACUGCCAUAUUUACUAAGUGCAGUCAGUGAUGAGGAUUCAGCAAUUUCAAAAGACGCACUGGAAACGCUGAAAAUUCUAGGUGAACGAUACGAAGGUGAGCAUGAAAAAGAAGUACUCGAACUGAAGCAAUAUGGAGCUGAUGGAAAAAAUCCGACAUACAACUACGAGGCUCCAUUGCCUGUGCCAUUUUUCGCAGGUCGACCGUCACUAGGCACGCGGUUAUUUGUACGCGGGCGAGCUCGGCGUUUCCUAAACCCCAUUCUGCGUGAGCUCGCCAAUUGGCAAGAUUCCACGCGUUCUCAUGCAGUGCGUCUUUUAAAGUGUGUGCUUGUUUACUGUGAAGAGACGAUUACAGUAGACGCGCAUUUGUUGACAAAUACUUUGUUGCGAGUCUGGAAUACUCACGACAAAUUGCUCCCCGAGCUUAUGGAGUGCGCUGAUCUAACUGGACGCUUUGUAGCUCCUAAAACCUACUUGCCUUUGUUGUUUUCGCACCUUCGAGGAGAUUCUGACACUGUUCUUCCGCUAGCGGCAACAUCAAGAGGCAGUGCUUCUUCUACUCCGCAGCUAGCCGUGGCAUUACAAAUUUUGCAUUGUAUGUUACAGGGUUCUCUAGACAAAACAGUACUCCCACAUGUUUCUGAGAUCCUGGAAAUCAUCGCAUUGCCGUCGAUUCUCGACCAUAAAAGUAGCGCAGUGAAAUCGGCAUUGGGACAGCUACUUUCGCAAGUAACGAUGUUAUUGGAGCGAAGAGGGUUUGAUGCAGUCACUGCAUAUUUCCUCGAGUGCGGCCGCCUGACAUCACUAGACCAGAUUUUCUCUCGAUUGUUUGAUAUAAGUGUCGUCUUGAAAGCGAGUUCAGAGUGCUCGUUAGCAGUGACAGAAGCAUCCUGCGUGCUUAAACGUCUAAAAGUUCUUGAAUCACUUGCGAACAUCGGUGAGCUGUACAACAAACACGGUCCGUCAUUACUUCAGCGUUCACUCCAGCAUCUGCAGGACAUGCUGGCUGUCCAGUGGUCCCCAUACUGUGCUGCUCAAUUAGCUUUUCAAGAACUAAUCGUGUCGGCACCUGUUGCGCUCUUACUAAGCCAUGGAACCGAGCUUAAUUAUCUUUUCGAGACCAUCCAGGAGUCUGACCAAGCUUCAUCAGGUAAUGAUUACGACAGUUCUACAAUAGCAGCGCAAUGUGCAAGGAAGCAAAAUUUCGACAAGGCGCUAAUGGAGCUGGUGAAAAGAGUGCAGGCAGAGCUUGAAAUCCAAAACGAUUCCAUGAUUUUGUCAGCCGGAAAUCUAUACAUGCAACACUGGACAGAUCUACUCAUUGGAUUGAAGGCAUGA